GACAAAGAACAAGAUUAACUCGAAGACAUAGUAAGUUACGUUCUUCUCCAGCAAAUUCUUGCGGAAGAAAACUACUUUCUAUCAAACUUCGCGAGAAAUUCAUCUCAAAAAGGUUGACUGUCGUGUCGUCGCGCAAGCGCCUGCCAAUUUAACGCUAUCUCCCUCUUGUUGGAGAAUCCAAUCACCCAAUCUUCACCUUUUCUUCGACUUUCCUCUUUCUACCACCCACUUCAGACCAAUCUCUUGAACUCACAUUGAUGAACACCGACCAUGACUUCAACACCAUAUCUUGAGCGGUAUCGCCAGUUGGGCACACUGGAACAGCAAAAGAAUCAGCUUAUUGAGGAUCUCCUUCAACGAGUGACCGAUCUAGAGACCUCAUUCGCGCAGGAAAAACUCGACCAUGAACGCGAAACCCGAUUCAAUCGGGAUAUUCAGCUACAUGAGAUGGAGUUGAUGCAGCAGAUAUCCCAGAUCAAAACAAUUAUGGACCGAGAACCCUUUGUCGUCGUGUUACUUGACGGCGAGGGUAUAAUUUUCAAGGAUGAAUUUUUGCAGGGCGGCGAAGACGGUGGUCGCAACGCUGCAGACCAGCUCUACGCUGCGAUCCACUCAUAUUUGAAGUCGUACCUCCCAAGCGUCACGACCCCGAAGAUAAUGAUGAAGAUUUAUUUGAAUGCGAAAGGCUUUGGGGAGCAGUGCGCGCGCAACGGAAUCCUUCCAGAUUCCGGCGCGAUUCACGACUUCAUUCGAGGCUUCAACGAGACCAUGUCGUGUUCUGAAAUUGUGGAUGUUGGAUCUGGGAAGAACAGUGCGCACAAUAAAAUUCAAGAGACCUUCCAAGUCUUCCUAUACAAUUGCCACUGCCACCAGAUCUUCGUCGGCUGCCCAUCCAAUACUGAAUAUGCUCUCUUCCUCGAAGACGUGUCAAAAGACAACGACCUCACCGGCCGCGUCUCGCUUGUAGAGGGUGUCACAUUUGAGAGGGAGCUGGAUGCAGUGAAAAGUUCUUAUCGCAUCGCCAAAUUCCCAGACGUCUUUCGCUCUGCGAAAAUGGCGCCCGCGUGGGCCGCCGCUCCUUGGAAGAGUACCUUGCCUACGAGAUCUGUGCUCACACCUUCUCCCUCUCGACAAUUCUCGAACUUGUCAAAUCCUCCAGCCUUGUCCCGGACAUCCACCAAUACGAGUGCCUCGGGUGUCGCUUUAUCUGUUUCAACUCCGAAUCCAAUUGAUAAUCCACCUGAUUUCCAACAAGUGGUUCGCCCUAAACCAACUGGCUCAACGGCUCCGAAGACGGUGGAGCGCAAUAAGUACGGGCAACGUGUGGAUCGACUUGACUUCAAGAGCAUUCCUCGGGAUGAUUUGAAUCGCCUGAAGAAGCUGAAGCUGUGCAACUACCACUUCCUGCUGGGCGAGUGCCCCAACGAAGAGUACUGCUAUCACGACCAUGACCGCAAGUUGACUAAGCAAGAACUUCACAUCUUGACUGCUAUCGCUCGCAUGACUCCCUGCCGAUUUGGCCUGGAGUGUGAUGAUCCUGAAUGUAUCUAUGGUCAUCGCUGCCCCCAGAGCGAACCUGGCAAAAAGACCUGCUUCCGUGGUGACAGCUGCCGAUUUGAACCAGUUGCUCACGGUAUUGAUACCAACAUCGUUAAGGUGACCAAAAUUUAGGUGGUGGUUGCAUGGUCGUUACUUCAUUCUCUUCCCAAGGAACUCUUUUUUGGUGCCCGUUCAACUGCUCGGUGGCAAGUACAACAUGCCACUUGUUUGGACACGUUCUCACCAAUGUCUUGUGAUCGGAAGGGCAUGCAUGGGUUCAAUCUUACAAAUCACAGUGUGGGUUAUGCAUGCGUGUUCCUACAGAACGAUCGUGACACAGAACAAUUAUUAGCUAUUGUCUUGAUCCGGAAAUAUUAUCAUUUGGGCGUGGGGGUUUUCUCGUGACGUGCAAUGGCGUCUUUUCUUGAUUUAUUUCCGCCUUCUAGGGGCGUUUUUACCACAGAACUGCCGAACGUCUCUCCAGGUUGAUGAGAGUUCCAGUUUUGUUUUCUUUCCUUUUUGGAGUUUUGGGGAACGGCGUAUCGGGAAAGUUGAAUAAUCAAACAUUCCCUGCAGAAUGAGGUUUAGGUUAGGACGUUCCUGGUGUUCAUAUGGGUACUGGAGCAUUGAUUUAUCUCAUAAUGCACUGGUGCAAAUUGGAACUGUAUUACUAUUAUGCCAAGAAUCCGAUACAUAUUGAUUAUGGAAACUCUACUGUAUCUUUUCAUGAAAGAUGCCACGCUAGUUGCAAUUGCCCAAUAUACAGUUUAAAACCUCGCCUCCUAUUACGCCCAUGUAUGCAAGAGUACUGGAAUGGAUAGUCAUGAGUGGAUUGUCGUUCCAAACAUGGUGAAGCGUCUUUCCCACCCGAAGCAGUCGGGGAUAGUGCAACCCGGCGUACCGGGCUCAUCCAGUGCCAUAUCAUCGGGGUCGAGGGGAUGAGUACAUGGUACACCGUAUUCUUUGAUGCAGCACAUGAAAGGCAACGAGGAUGUCUUAGCUGGUGCCCAGUACUCCUCGGUACCAGUAAUUGUGGCAUGUUGCUGCUUGAGCUCUUCAAGGUCACCCCAGAGAAUGAACAAUUUUUCUCUGAGCUCUCCUAACCUAGUCGAAUGGAGGCGGAGA